AACACAGAGUCUUGUUGGGAUUUCUCUCUCUCUCUCUCUGUUGCACACACAGACACACACACAGUCUUGUUGGGAUUUUUCUCUCUCUCUCUCUCUGUUGCACACACACAGUCUUGUUGGGAUUUCUCUCUCUCUCUCUCUCUGUUGCACACACACACACAGUCUUGUUGGGAUUUUCUCUCUCUCUUUCCCCUCCUCUGUUGCACACAGAAACACAGAGUCUUGUUGGGAUUUCUCUCUCUCUCUCUCUCUGUUGCACACACAGACACACAGUCUUGUUGGGAUUUUCUCUCUCUCUCUCUGUUGCACACACACACACAGUCUUGUUGGGAUUUUCUCUCUCUCUCUGUUGCACACACACAGUCUUGUUGGGAUUUUCUCUCUCUCUCUGUUGCACACACACACACACACAGUCUUGUUGGGAUUUCUGUGUGUGUGUUAGUGUUUUGUUAUUUUCCCCUCCUCCCCGAGCCCGCUGGUGUUGCUGAAGGGGAAAGCAGAGGCGCUGGAUCUGUCCGUGCCCGUGUUCCCGGUGUUAGGAAGGAGAAUGGACGAGGAAACGCGGCUGCUGCAGCCGCGGGGAGCCGGAGCUGGGAGCGGCAGCGGCAGCGGAGCCGGGUCCGGGGCUGGGGCUGGCGCUGGGGCCGGCUCCGGCGCUCCCGGCCCCGGGCACUCCAUGCAGAGCGGCUUGCCUCCUCUCCUCGGAGCCGGGCACCUUCACGAAAACGCCACGGACAACGGGGAGAGCAGGAAACAAGACAUUGGGGACAUCCUCCACCAGAUCAUGACCAUCACCGACCAAAGCCUGGACGAAGCUCAAGCCAAGAAACAUGCUCUGAACUGUCACAGAAUGAAGCCUGCUCUCUUCAGUGUUUUGUGUGAGAUUAAAGAAAAGACCGGUCUGAGUAUCCGGAGCAGCCAGGAGGAGGAGCCGGUGGAUCCUCAGCUGAUGCGACUGGAUAACAUGCUGUUGGCCGAAGGUGUAGCGGGUCCUGAGAAAGGUGGGGGAUCGGCAGCAGCCGCUGCGGCAGCUGCAGCGUCCGGUGGGGUCUCCCCUGACAACUCGAUCGAGCACUCGGAUUACCGAGCCAAACUGGCACAGAUCCGGCAAAUCUACCACACUGAGCUGGAGAAAUACGAACAGGCCUGCAGUGAAUUCACGACCCACGUGAUGAACUUGCUGCGGGAGCAGAGCCGGACGCGCCCCAUCUCCCCGAAGGAGAUCGAGCGCAUGGUCGGGAUCAUCCAUCGGAAAUUCAGCUCCAUCCAGAUGCAGCUGAAGCAGAGCACGUGCGAGGCAGUGAUGAUCCUCCGCUCCCGGUUCCUGGACGCCAGGCGGAAGAGACGGAACUUCAGCAAACAGGCGACAGAGAUCCUGAACGAGUACUUCUACUCCCACCUGAGUAACCCUUACCCCAGUGAGGAGGCCAAGGAGGAGCUGGCAAAGAAGUGUGGUAUCACUGUAUCGCAGGUGUCCAACUGGUUUGGAAACAAGCGAAUCCGCUAUAAGAAGAACAUUGGUAAGUUCCAGGAGGAGGCUAACAUUUACGCUGUUAAGACGGCCGUCAGUGCAACUGCUGCCUCCCAGAACAGCCAGGCAAACUCGCCCACCACUCCCACCUCUGCAGGCUCCUCUGGAUCGUUCAAUCUCUCCGGCUCUGGCGACAUGUUCAUGGGAAUGCAAGGGUUAAAUGGGGAUUCAUAUCCCGGCGCUCAGGUGGAGUCCCUGCGUCACUCCCUGAACCAGACUGGGAGCUACGGGGAAGGCCUGGGCGUCAGCCAGAUCUACAGCCCUCGGGAUGUCAGGGCUAAUGGAGGGUGGCAGGAUGCAGCCACCCCGUCUUCAGUGACAUCGCCGACGGAAGGUCCCGGAAGCGUGCACUCGGAUACUUCCAACUGAUCUCCCCACCCCGCCUCCAGCUUCCCAGGCAAUUGGAACCAUCAACCCUCCCUGCCCCCUACCCAAUGGGCUCUUCUACAGACCUGACCCACCAGAAGAGAAGAAAUCCAUGAGGAGACACCAGGAAAGGGGGAGAUCUCUUUUUUUAAAAAAUAAAAACCACACACAGAAGAGGAGGUGGCGGCGGUGGGGUGUGGGUGAUGUUGAUACUAACCAAUCACCUUAUGGUUCGCUGUAAAACCUUUUACCUUCAGUGCGACAGUUCAAGGAAAGGCCGCUACAAAGGGAAAGGGCAGGUGAGAGGCCAGGGCAAGGCUCCGGCCUGCACCGUUGCCAUGGGAAUGGGUCCUGUACACUAUCUGCACCCCAACCCAACCCAACCCUGCGAGACCCAAUCUGCCUUGAAUCGGGUCAGUACCAAACACCCACUUGGUCAGCCCUCCCGGUUCUUAAACAACGGCGCAUUUGCUGUUUGCCCCUGUAGGGAGGUUGUCCGUCACGUGAGGGGGAGGAGGCGCCGGCAGCUGAGGCAAUGGUCAGAGAACGUCUGGAAGGAGGAGGAGGAGGAGGAGGCAAGGCGGGAUUCGGGUUGCCAGGCCAUUCCCGGUGAGGCGUCCCGUUGCAGACCAAGCGGGAUUCUUCGUUUUCGGUUCCAGCCCUGUGAAACCUUCUCGCUUUCUGCGCUGCGUUGAGACGCUGUCUGGCCGUGAGGUGGUCAGUGGCCACACGGUGGGACGAGGCAGUGGAUGGGGGGAACUGGAGGCGGUGCGUGCGCUGCCGGUCUAGGGAGAUCGGAGCAGUGGCUCAGCCCGUCCACCUGUAGAUUUGGAGAGAUAAUGGGCGCAGUUGGUGUGAAGUGCUGCAUCCCGGUUACUCUGUGAGUUGGAUAGGGAGCGGGGGACGUCUCUCACACUAUCCCUUCUCUCGACAUCACUUGAAUCUUUCUCCUGCUGUCCAUUUCUUUCCUCUCUGCUUCCUCUACUGUGUUUCCAUGGAAUCUUACAGCGCAGAGCAGCCCACUGAGUUGGCAGGGACCCUCGAUCAGCACUAGUCCCAUUUCCCAUCACUUGGUCCACAGUGAUGUAUGUGCCACUGCAAGUGCUUUUUAAAGGCUGUGAGAGGUUUUGUUGAUGUUGUGUUUUGUUGAGGUCUCCUUUCUACUUUCUAUUCUUUAUCUCUCAUUUAGAAUGUCUUCUUUCUCCCCUCUGCUUCUCCCUUUUCCCUCUCCCUGCACUCCCACAUUUACCCCUUUCAGUCUGGUGCUUUUUGAGUUCCAGCGUCCCCCGGGUAAUGUUGUAGCCUUGUCUGAGUUUUGCCAGGGUCAGACUGUUCUUCAUCGGCUAGACGAGAGAAAGAGAGAGAGAGUCUCUUUCCAAAGAGCCCCCAACGGCAGUGGCUCCUUACGUUUUAGGUGUCGGUGGUUUGGUGUCGUGUUUAAGUAAUGUUGACGUGGUUUUAAGGGUAGGAUUGAAGGUAACACGACUGUCAAAUCUGUGUUCAAUUGAAAUUUGUUUUGCUAUAUCGGGCAAAUCUUUGUAACUUGUUAGUUCAGAACAUUGACUGACAGAGGCCUAGAAGGAUGGGUUGAAGCCUUCUUGCUCUUGCGCACGGUCUCUCUCGCUCUCUCUCUCGCGCUCUCUCUCUCUCUCUCUCUCCACCCCCCCAAUCCAUUCUCUCUCUUCCCCCUCUGUCUCUCUCUGUCUUUCUCCUUUUCUCUUUCUCUCAUUUUUUUCUCUCUUCCCCCCCUCUAUAGAGUUCCUAGUGCAACCUCUGAGCAGUUAAAGGUUAGGCAGCUGCCUGACUGGACAAGCGUGACUCCUCAGUUUUAGUGCCAUCUGUUUGAAAUGGCUGUUUGGUUUGGCCAUGUGAUUUUUUUUUUGUUUGUAAUGGUACAGAUGCUGGGAAGUGGUUGUGACGCCCUGUUUGUGAACGGCCUCACUGGGUGAUGGUCAGUCGGUUGAUGUUCCCCUAUUGGGUGCAGGAAACUGAUGUUGGACGUGCUGGGAGACCAGGGUGGGGGGAGUAUGGGGCUGUGCGGAAAUGUCUCCAGGAAUUCGGGACCAGCCAAGGGCAUUGAAGGGGGGUGGGGAAGAGGGUCUAAUCUGGCUCCAGGAGGUUUUUUUCUUUUAACCUCCAGCCCAGGUUAGGGUUGAGGUGGGGAGGGGGCAGGGUUAGAGGGGCACAAGAGACAAAUUCACUGGCGCCCAGUAGGUGACAGGUUUUGGGAGUGGCGCUCACUGACCUCACCUAACUGGCAGCACAGUGGCUCAGUGGUUAGCACUGCUGCCUCCCAGCACCAGGGACCUGGGUUCGAUCCCAGCCUCGGGAGACUGUCUGUGUGGGGUUUGCACCUUCUCCCCGUGUCUGCGUGGGUUUCCUCCGGGUGCCCUGAAAGAGAUUGUGUCGAGCUAAGUUGCCCCACAGUGUCCGGGGAUCUUCAGGCUGGGUGGGUUGGCCAUGGGAAAGGCAGGGAGGGGCGGGUGCGAUGCAGUAAGGGGGCGUGGGAUGCCAGGAGGGGUCAGCGUGGAUCUGAGGAGCCGAAUGGACAUCGGCUUGUAGCCUGACGGGAUUCUGCGAACCCUGGGCUGCUGCUUGGGGGUGGGGAAGAGAGCUGGGGGUGCCUGUUUCCAGAAUGGUGUGGGUGGGGGGGAUUGGCCCAGAAACCCUAGAGGAACCUUGUUAAGCCUGGUGUCACCCCCUCCAACACGCAGCUGACAGCAGGGCAAGCCGAUCACUUGUGAGUUUUAAUACAUAGAGUUUGACCUGUUUGAAAUGGCUGUUUAGUUUGGACAGCUUUCUCUCUUUUUCUUUCCUUCUCUCCUUCUCUCAUUCUCUCUCUCUUUCUCUCUCUCUCUCCCCACCUCAAGAGUUCCUCGUGUAACCUCUGAGCAGUAACGGUUAGGCAGCUUACUGCUUGGACAAAAGUCGCUCGUGAGUUUUAGUGCCAAGAGUGUGAUCUGUUCUAAAUGGCUGUUUGGUUUGGACUGGGCGUUUGAUAUUUUUGUUUGUAGCGUUACAGAUGUUGGGAAGUGGUGGUGAUAGCCUGUUGACGAACGGCCUCACUGGGUGACAGUGGGUCGGUUGGCCUUCCUUGGCGUGGUGAACAUGGCUGUUGGAGGUGCAGUGCUCGUUUCUCUCCCGUCUGUGUCCUUGAGGGCCCCACGAUGAGCGAGGUCAAAGUCACCGUCUUCUAAAGAAUGCCGGGGAGCUAGGGGCGAGCGGUGCUGGGAGUGGGACAACGGGAGCUGACCUUUCCUGCCCUGCGUUAGGUUUCAAGGCCUGAUGGCACACUGAAGGCCGGGGUUUUACAGUGAGGUUUUUAACACUGCGUUUUGGUUGUGCCCGUCUCGCGGGGCCACGCUGUAUAUACUGUAGAAAGACGUAUUUGUACAUGACUAGCCAAUCAGAGAGAAAAAAAAGAAUGAAAAUAAUAACAGCUUUAUUACCUCAUGCAAGCUGAUAUAAACCAAUAGAUUCGCCACACGUUGUACCUACCGAUUUUAGACUGCUCACAUACUACCUCUGACACCACUCACUCUAGAGAGAAAACAAAAAAAAAUUUUUCGAACCUUUUCCUUUUUGAUUGUUUUUGUUUCCUCGUUUUGUUUUUUAAAAAAAAGAAGUGUUAUUUCAGGUCAGCACAAAAUGGCAGCGUAAUGAUUGUUAUCUGAAGGCACUCAGGGUGGGGUGGUGGGGUCAGGGUGGCAAACUCAGAGCUUAUCCACGCGAUUCCGCUGUCCAGUGGGCAGUUCUGUUUGUUUUCGUUUGAAGAGUAAACCAAAGACCCAGAUUUUAAUGAUGCUCGCUGGGGGAGGUAGGGGGGGUGGUCCCCGAAUUUCAGAUGUCCCUCUCACCUGCCCUCCGUCCAUCGUACACGUCCGGCUUUAGGAGGGGCAGGGGUUCCCCACCCACCCCGUAUCGAGUUGAGCUUUAGUUUUUUUUUGUGUCGCUCACCCCGGGAAGGGGAGGAAGCUCUUCUCGUCCAAAACCUACCUUUCGGUUUUCCCGUCAAGAGGCCGGGUUGUGCGCCAGACACCGGAGUAACGCCGCCAAAGGAAUUUCACUGGACCGUCGCCGUGGCGAUUGGCCCUCAGGCUGGGUGAAGCCAGCCCUCAGUGACAGUGGUCCUUACUGAUGAUUUGGAGACGCCGGCGUUGGACUGGGGUGUACAAAGUUUUAAAAUCACGCCAGGCCACAUUACAGUCCAACAGGUUUAUUUGGAAGCACACUAGCUUUCGGAGCGCCCCUCCUUCGCCAGGUGGUUGUCGAGUGUAAGAUCGUGGGGCACAGAAUUUAUAGCAAAAGUUUACGGUCUGAGCUUAACGAUCUUAUACUCCACAACCACCUGAUGAAGGAGCGUCGCUCCGAAAGCUAGUGCUUCCAAUUAAACCUGUUGGACCAUAACCUGUGAUUUUUUUUUAUAUAGGGGCAGGCAAAGGGAUGUGACGUGUAGCCAUUGGCUAACUCCUCAGGUGUGAGGUGGAGCGGGGAAGGAGGGAGGGUAGGGUUACAGGGUGGAGAUCUCAUCCGCAAUCCCUUCCCCUAGCCAGGGCGCCUUUAUGCCAAGUUGGUCAGUAUGGGGGGGGUGAGGGAGCUGAGCGUAGCCUGGGUGAAGGGACGCCCCGCAAUGGCAUUGAGGUCAAGUGGAAAUGCCCCCCCCACACCCAGUUUCCCAGUCUGUUGAAACCCUCUUCUGCGUUGGCUUUCGACGAGGGACGGAGAGCUCUUUAGGAUCGACGUCGGAUUUAGAUUCCGAGGAGGGAAAGGGGGGGUGGGCGUUGAGGCGGUGGGUUGAGAGAGUCUCCUGCUGUCUCCCCUUGGGGACUGCUGCCGAAAUGGCCUUCCCUGGAACCAAUCCGAUCUGUCAACGGGCACAGCGCAGGAUGCCAUCUUCCCCUCGCCCACCCUGCCCUGCCCUGUCCCUUCAGGGGCGCGGCUUUGUCCGAAGCAGAACGUGUCCCCCUCCCCGCAACCGAAGGGACGUGCUUUGACGGUGUGCUCCUCCGAACCGGCCUAGCCCGCUCGCAAAGUGUCAGAGCGUGCCCGGAGCAACCAAACCUCGGCCUGCCGCCUUAUCGGCCUGCGCUCUCUCUACAUUCCACACCCUCCCAAACCCCAUCGAAAAGCCCUGGGGAGGGGGUGAGGGGGGAUGUUGUGUGAAGCUCACUGGGGGGGGCGGGGGGGGGGAGUGAGAUGGGUGGGGCCAUUGGGCGUGACCCAUCGCAGAGUUGGUUUCCCCCAUUGCAAAGCAGCAGUAGGAAUGAUGGGAAGGUUAGAUUUGAAAAUCUGCUCGUGUGGCGCCCCCCCCAACCCCAUUGUCUUGGUUUAGCUUUUUAACAAAAAAAAUUUGCCGCUUCGUUUGAUCAUCUUUCCUUUCUGCCUUUCCCCCUGCCCCCGUCCGAUUCCCCUAAGGUUUUUGUCAUGUUCGUGUCAUUUCCCUCCAAUGUGGGAGAGGAGGAGGAAGGACAAACUGAAGAAAAAAGAAAUUUAUUACAGCGGGCGAGCAUGGGGGGGUCGCGGUUUCCGGUUGUAAACGAGUUUCCCGUUUCUGUUCCGAAGCGGUCUUUCCCCGUUCUCGCAGAGCGCUUCCGUCGGCGAGAAACCGCGCGUCACCCUACUCGGGACCGACUGCCCACCGCGGCCCCACCUUCGCAUCAAUUAAAGGGUCUGCUCAUGCCCCCCCACCCCCACCCCGCCCCAGUCUGUGGGGAUUGAGGGUGAGGAGGCCGAGGGCUGGUGUUUUUUUUUUGGGAGGGGGUGUGUGAGGUGGGGGGAGUUGUUGGGGGGGGGCGGUAAGGGGAAUUGGCCAUGAGCUGCCGAGAAAAGGCGGCCCUGUCUCUUUUGAGUAUUAUGCUGCCAUUCUGUGCUGCUAAGUAACCAUGAUUGCUUUCAAUAAACUUUAUUGUUCCACGCA